CUAGAAUUUUUCGCGGCAAACAAACAGACGAUAACGGCAGGCACGUAUCUCUGUGCGCGACAACACGAUGAUAUACAUUGAUUCUGAUUUCCAGAAUUUUAAUCCUAGAUUCAAGUUAGGUAAAGCUGAGGAACACAACCAAACAAGUUCCAUCUACUCCAACAAAAACAGUUUGUGCUUUGUUUCCCUAGAAAAGAUAAUUGUGAGUGUUGAGGUAGACAAAGAUAAAGUUGGACAUGGAGAUGAUGAUGAUGAUGAUGAUGAUAGUGAAUUUGAUAUGCUUUUAAAGUCAGAUCAGUGAUCUACCAAAUAAACCUUACCGUGUUACUAUGAUCCAUCUGUCAGGCCAUCAGUACAGAACAAAUACAAAGUUCUUCAUGCAUGGGAGAAAUCUCGAUUGAUCCUUCUUGAUAUGUGAACAGAAGGUUGGGAAUUUUUUCCUCUGGAACCAGACGCAUGAUCUUCCCUGUGAUGCAGUCAAUUAAUGGAUUUAUAGCCUAGACUUCAUCCGAGAGACUAGAUGGAUGGCCUUUGGAGCAUAAGCAACGGAUUACCACAAGAUGGACCAUGAGAACUUGAGAUAUUAUUUGCUCCACCUUAAAGGGCAGUGUUAGAGUUCACUAAGUGCUCGUUUUCUUGGCUGGAAGGAAUGAUUACUCCUUAGUCAAAUUAUAUACUCACAAAUUUGUGAAACUCCUUUUAGAACUUAGAGAUAUGUAUUCCUCAAUAUAGUCAUGAUUUCUAC